AUGCAGUCCAGCGGCGGACCCAGCAGCCCCACCGCUGCUCUUGCCGACAGCUCGGCCCGUGUCGUCGACCGACACCUGCAGGAUGACCGCUGCUUUCCAGACCUGUCGGAGCUCCUCAGCGUGCGUUCUCAUCAUUUACCAUCCCUCUCUGGACUGUCGGACAUGGCCUAUUCACUCCAGGGUCCGAGUGUGCCUAACCUACAGGAGCUGAGUACAGUUCGGCAAGUACCGAUACCCCCAGAGCUGCAAAAGAAAUUCAGCAAUAUUCAGUCCAAAGACAGGGUGGGCAUUUUUCCUGAGAUUUCUCGGGCCUGGGUCACGAGCGACAAUGUUCUCUUCAUGUGGAAUUAUGAGGAUGGGGAAGACGUAGUUUAUUUCGACAACCUCAUCAAAAUCAUUUUGGCAGUUGGGCUUGUGAAACCAAAGCAAGGGAUUUUACAGCCUCACAUUAGUUACCUGCUUGUGUUGGCCACAUCUGUGGAUGUGACAAUCCUUGGACUGACCUUUCCAAGGGGCCAAGCUGGGCUGAACGACGGCAUGUUUGGCAGCCUACUGAUGUUGCCAGAACCCCUCUUUUCUAUCCCCACCAACACCGAUAUCAUCUCGAUUACUUCCUCUGACCUGGGUCGCAUCUUCAUGGCAGGCACGGACGGCUGCCUGUACGAGAUCGCCUACCAGGCGAAGGCGGGCUGGUUUAGUCAACGCUGCCGCAAGAUCAACCACUCCAAGAGCUUCCAGGCCUUCCUUGUCCCCUCUGUUCUCCAGUUCGCCUUCUCUGAUGACGACCCAAUUGUGCAGAUUGCUGUGGACAAUUCCCGCAACACGCUCUUUACUCGCUCUGAGAAAGGAGUCCUACAGGUCUAUGACCUGGGUGCUGACGGCCAUGGUAUGAGUUGUGUGGCCACCAUGUCUCAAAAUGUCAUUGUCGCAGCUGCAGCAAACAUUGACAGCACGAUCGAUCAUUCCAUCUUCAAGCCUAUUGUCCAAAUCUCAGUGAUCAGCAGAUCGGAGUCGUCUGACUGUCACCUGCUUGCUGUGACGCACGCAGGGGUGCGUCUGUACUUCACCACAACGCCUUUUGCCCCGCCACGACAUAAACACCUGCUGGCCCGACCAUCCCUUCUCUCUCUGGCUCACGUCCGCCUACCGCCAGGCUUCUCCAUGUCUUCCACACAGCAGAAACCAGCCAAUGUCCACAAGGUGCUGCACAGUAAAGGUGUUUUACUGAUGGCAGAUUAUGAGACGGAGAACAAUGACCUCCUUUGGUGCAUUAACCAUGACUCUUUCCCCUUCAAGAAACCUUUGAUGGAGACUCAGAUGAUCUCUCAUAUCGAUGGACAUAUAUUGGCUUUCAGCGCCAUCAGUGAGAAAAGGCCAGCCAAGAUAUGUACUCCCCUGAACAAGGAGGUGAUCCCAAUCACCGAUCCGCCUAUGGUGGUCUUGCAGCACAACAUCCCCUCUCAGAAAUUUGUCCUCCUUUCAACAAAGGGGAGUCACAUCUUUCAAAAGCUGCGUCCAGUGGAUCAGCUGCGUCACCUGCUUGUGAGCAGUGCGGGAGGUGAGAGCGAAGAGAUUGAGCGUUUCUUCAAGUUAGACAGGGGGAAGCAGGCCUGUGUGACAGCCUUGAUCCUGGCUUGUUCCAAAGCGGCUUGUGACGGAGUGGUCUCACAGUGGGCCACCAGAGCUUUCUUCAGAUAUGGCGAAGAAGCACAAGAGCAGAAAGAACCUGCAGCUUUGUCAGCGCCCAUCAAUGUUGGACCCGUAAUGCGCUCUCCUGCACCUGGAAUUUUGCCUCUAUCCCUGGCCACGCCCAUUGCCCCGACGCAAAUUAGGUCCUUCCCCAUCACCCCGAUAUCAGUUUUCACCGGGAAGUACAACAGUAUCUGUGUCUACUUUGCUCGCAUCCUCGGAAACAUUUGGGAUGGUAGCCUAGCAGUGGAGAAAAGCAUCAGCCAAGGAAGUCAGACUGUCAGUCUUAUGGAAAGCAGUGUUUCUUCGCUUCAUCUGGAGUCAGUCCUUUUGGAUCUCUCAUGCUUGAAUGAAUUUCUGGACAAAAUCUCUCACUUCAGUCAGUCAUCCCUCAGCGGCGCAAGCUUCAGUUCCCCUGGCAACUGGCCGCAAAGACUGCUGGGAUUUAGGCCCAGCACUAGUUCUCAGGGAAUCCAACAGGAAUUUCAGAGAAAAUGUCAUUGCAAGGCUCCGCUCGAUGAGAAAGAGUCCCUGCAGAGCAUCCAGGCUCUAGUGCAGCUCUCCUAUCAAACUCUGGCCUUGUGGAAGCUUCUCUGCGAUCAUCAGUUCAGCCUCAUCAUAUCGGAACUGCCCAAAGAGUUUCAAGAGCAGAUUAAGUUAGCGAGUUUCAAAGAUGUGGUUAUCCGCGGGAAGGAGCUUUCAAGAGCCCUCAUCACAGCGCUCAUUACUGUCUACAUCAAACAUAAUGCCUCUGUAGAUGCCAUUAACAAUCACCUGCUGGACCUCUGCCCACUGCUCUACAGCACCGACGACAGUGUCUGCUUCAAGGCUAACAAAUUGCUGCAGAGCUCCAAGCAGAUCCAGAACAAAGCCGAUAAGGAGAUAACCCUGAGAGAGUCGCUACAUCUCUACCAGCAGAUCAGCCAGCACACUGACCUGCCGCUGGUUUGCUCCCAGUACAAACAAGAGCGUUUCUAUGAGGGCAUUCUCGAGCUGUGCCUCACGGCAGCCAACAAAAGAGACCCCCAUGGGCUGGGCCCACUUUUUUACAGAAAUGGAGAGCCUAAAGAGGACGAGACGGGCCAGCUGGCCUUCCAGGAAAGGCUAUCAUGUUAUAAGUGCAUCACGGACACCAUGCAGGAGCUAGUGAACCAAAGCAAAGGGGAGCCUCAGUCCCCCAGCGUCCCAAAGCAGCCGGGGCCUCCCGUUCUCACCUCAGAUCCUAAUAUGCUGAGUGAUGAGGAAGCAACGGCCCACUUUGAACAGAUUUUUGAUCUGGCCCAGAGGUCCCAAGACAAGCUGUUUCACAUCAUCCUCUACAAUUGGCUUAUUCAGGCCAAUCUAGCAGACAAGCUGCUCGAGGUGAAUUCACCGUACCUUGAAGAGCAUCUCAUUCAUAUUAUCAAACAGGAUCAGAGCAAGGUGCACAACAUGGAUGUUCUGUGGCGCUACUACCAGAAAAACCGCAACUUUGGCGAAGCUGCCCAUGUCUUGUCAUGCCUCGUUGACAUACAUAGCACUGAGAUUUCCCUCAAGCAGCGACUGGAAUACCUUGCACGGGCCAUUAUGUUUGCUAAGACCGCCUUCUGGAUCUCUGCUAAGGUGGCAGACAAAAAGCUUCUCCUUGAGCUGGAAAAGAAAAUGGAGGUGGUGCGCAUCCAAGUUCAGAUUCAGGAGGCGCUGAUCCAGCAGUACUCCAAUCGCGCUUCGGUGAAAAAUGCCAUUUCUCAGUUGGAUUCGAAACUUGUGAACAUCACCAAGCUCUAUGGGGAAUAUGCAGACCACUUCCAACUGUCAGAGUGUAAGCUGGCCAUCAUUCACUAUACAAGACACUCCGAUUCAAAUCUAGUGAACUCGCUGUGGCAGGAAAUCCAAGCGAAAGAGCUGGCGGACACGGUGGCCAUGAGUCCGGUGAGCAGAAUGCGGUCCCUCAGUUUGAAGCUUGUUUCGCUGGGCAAGAUCUAUGCAGGAACACCGCAAUAUUUUCCACUAGAAUUCCUGGUGAAGUAUUUGGAGCAGGAGGUUUGCCGCCUCUCCUGGGAUGUAGGCUUUGUCACCGACAUCAUGCGGGAGAUCGGGGUUCAGCUGCCGCGCCUUUUCGAGGUGUACGACCAGCUUUUCAGGAUCAAGGACCCUUGUUGGCAGCUUCAGAACAAACCUCUUCACUUAAUGGAGUGCAUCCACCACCUCCUAUCAGGUUAUGUGGAUGACCCCAGCAAAGUGCCCACUUCUGAACGACCCCACUUCACCAACAUGUGCCUGACCAACAUCUCUGGCUACCUGAAGGAGCUACAGUCCCUCACCCCCAACACUGACCUCCAACACACCAUCCUCAAAUUGAGGUCUCUUCAGGUCAAACUGGAACUGUCUCUCUGUGCCUUGCCAUUGUUUCGCUCAUAA